AGCAAAAUAAAAAAUAAGUUUAAAUCUUAAGACAUAAAAGUCAGACUUAAUAGAUUAUUUUAAAGUUCAUGUUUAAAAGCGUUAAAUAAUAAACACAAUGACUGCCACAAAACAAACAGACACAAACAAACAAACACAAAUAAAUCAACAAUCUCAUCUGAUUAUUUUCCGGUGCAGUGCUGCGGUGUGUCCACCAGGUGGCGGUGUUGCAGCAGCCCGCAGCGCCGCCGUCAGUGCGCAGCGGCCGGACUCUCUCUCCGCUGCGCGCCGCUGCAGCUCGCUGAUCGCCGGCGGCGCGUCGUCGCUCUGAAGUCCGACCAGAACCUCCGACUCGCUCCCUGCCGAGCGGCUUCACUCGGUGCUGACCGACGUGACGGCAACACUGACCGAGCUCGUCCGCUCCGGCAGCCUCCUCCCGUCUCUCCUCCUCCUCCUCCUCCUCUCAGAGAUGAUCUGACAAUCCGGAGCGGAGCUGCUUCAUCCUGCAGACACUGAAAACCAGCAGCAGCAGCAGCAAGUUGGGAGAUUAAAUUUUGUUUCUUUCACGCAUCAGGAGUCAAGUUCACAUCGCUCGGAUGCUGCCGGAGAGGAGGGCAGAAGAUCCGGCGCGACACCACAUGAUGUCGGGAUUAUUAUUUACUUGAACGACCUUGAUGGUGUUUUUCUUCCUUCCUGACGCUGGAUGGUGUUUUAUUUUUAUUUUUAUUUUUAUUAUUUUUGGUGGAAUGGAGAGAAACCUGAGGCUUUCUCCGCACUCUGAUGAAAUUGAGGAAAGCAUGAGUUCUGGUCGGCGAGGAAGCCGGGCUGUCCGAUUCAACGCUUCAAGACCCGCUCAGGGAUGGGCCUCCGAGCUGGUCGCCCUCUGAAUCGCCACCCUCGACUCUGCAACGCCGAUCGUCGCGCAUGUUGGCGCCCGGACAUGGAUGAGAGUGCGAGUGGAUGACAGGAGCACAGAGAGAAGUCGAAAGAGGGAGGCAAAGGAGCUGCUUCUGGGUCUGGAAUUAAGAUGAAAAGUUAGAAAUCUGACCAAAGACUCUCGCUGUCACCCGCACAUUCAUCCUCCAGAGCAUGGGGUGCGUUAAAUCCAAGAAGAGCGACCCGACAGGCCAAAAUGCGAACUCUACGGAGAAGAUGGAGGGUAAGGUCAAGGCAUCGAGGGGCGAGAAGGCCUACUUGGUUCAGUCGGAGGUGGGCUCGCCGGAGAACUCCCCGCAGGUCAACCCGGUGCUGCUGGAGUACGCCCAGAAGCUCUCCGAGGAGAUCGUGGUCCGGGCCGUGCAGCAGUGGGUGGAGGUAGACCGCCGCUACAGCGACAUCCCCUACAUCGAAUGUGACGUGCCAUGACACGGGGGCGGGGGGGAAGCAGCAGAAAGCCGGAGAGCUGAGACAGCCUUGACCUUGACACUUCUACACGUGAUUAAACAAGGAUGAAAGUCUCAGACACCUUCACUCGGAGUCCUUCCGGCAUCUACGUGCUGUGAGCGGGAACAUGAAUGAGCUGUCAGUAAUUCAGUUUUUGACCUACUUUUUGGAUUGGAUUAUACUUGGAUUGAGCCUAAAAAAAAAAAAAAAAAAAACCCUCCUCCAAAGCAACCAAAGCACCCUGAUCCCGUCCACGUUUCUGUGAUUAUCUGCAUCAAAGCCGCAGCCUCGCUGAGGCAGAAAGUCUUCAGUUGGAUAUCGUCUUUCUCAGACCUUAUUUGUCCCCUCUUGCAGUUGGUGUUGGCUCCCUGCGGCGGGACUUGUUACGCAAAGCGAGAAAUCCUAUCAGAUAUUGCCGGGAAUCAAAACGGUCCUGCCAGUGAAAGUCUACCCGAUCCAUUGAUGCUGUCCCAGGGCCAAGAUUCUUUCCUCGUACGGAGGAAGUUAUUAAUAGAUCCCUUCUUUUGGUGAAGGCUCACUCCAGUGUCAUCAGGUCAGAAACACACCCAGCUGUCCGGCUCCUUCUGGUCUGACAAAAGGCUCCUCGGGCUGAAGUUCUCUUUUAAUGGCCUCCCUGGAGAUCCUGUGGCUGAGCCGCCAUGAGGAGCAUCUUCCCCAGCUCCGCUCAUCUCACCACCAUUAGGCAGCCUGGACCGCAGCCCUGCAUCCAGCAGGCAGGGUCCUCAAAAUGGGUCCAGGAAAUCACAAAUUGUGUGUUUCCUGCGCUCCAGGAUAUUUAAACACAGUUUGGUGACUUCAUCAGAUCCCAGAUCAGUCGCCAGAAUAAAUGUUGAAAGUGUUUACGUUUCUGCAAAUCACGGAUAUGUUAAAACUUUACAUUGCUUUAUGUUUCUUUAGGUUCAGUACAGUCUCAGGUUUAUAGUGUAAUUAGGUUAAAACACUUUAGGUUUUUUGCCACAAAUAUGUCUGGAAAAAGUCCCAAAGCAUCCUUAAAAAACAUCCAGUGGUUUCACUCUUACAGUUGUUGAAACACGUGUCAGUCAGUGGUUUCUCGCUUGGCAGCUGGCUGGACAUAUAAUCAAAAAUAUUUGGUUUUGUUGCCAAUAAAAACAAAAAAUAAAUGUCAAAUAUGUCCCAACAUCUCAUCAAAAAUCACGGCUGUGGUAUUUUCCGACGUCUCAUUUAAAAUGUCCAGUGGUUUCAUGCUUACAAAUGAUGAAACACUGUGUCAAACAGUCUUUGUUGCCACAGACACUGCAAGAAUAUUUCCUGAAAAUAACAAAAACAAAAACAGUUCUGUGGCCACAAACAUGGCUGAAAAAACAUCCAGUGGCUUCACGCUUAUAAAUGUGCAAAUGCUGUGAUGGACAGUGGUCUCUCGCUUGGCAGCUGUCUUGAUGUUUGAUCCAAAGUGUUCGGUUUUGUUGCCACUAACAGAACUGGAAAAUGAUCAGACAUCUUCAUAAAACUGUCCAGUGGUUUCACGCUUACACAUGUUAGAUCACCAUCUCGAACAGUGGUAUCUGGCUUGACAGCUUUCUUGACAUCCUACUAAAAUAUCCAGUCUUGUUGUCGCUAACACGGCUGGAAAAUUAUCUGACGUCUUCUUAAAACUAUCCAGUGGUUUCACGCUUAGAAAUGUGAAAACGGCAUCUCGACCAGUGGUGUCUGGCUUGGCAGACGUCUCAACAUCUCAUGAAAAUAUCCAGUUUUGUUGCCACAAACACAGAAGGAACAUGUCUGAGGAAUAAGUCACUAACUUGCCGACUGUAUCACGCAGCUGUCACGUCACCACCGUCCUGACCACCAUUUUACACGUAUUGUUGAAAAUAAUGAUUCAUGUAUGAAACGUACGUAUUUGAAACGUAUCCGUGAUUUUUACAGAAAUGUAGAACGACAACAUUUGGUUUCUGGCGGCUGUUUGGCGACAUCACGGGGGACUCUGGUCUCUACGGGCCGUGAGAACGGAUUGACACACUUUUCAGAAAGGAUUUAUUCUGUCAACAGAACUGUUGUUCAAAAACAAACAAACAUUUGGUUCUGGUUAAAAAUGUUGUAGGCCUAGUUUUUCUUUUUUAGUUGUUGUUGUUGUCAGAAUUGUGUCAUUGUACGACGUCUGACUGAGAAAUACUGCCAUCUGCUCGACAGAGGACAACAGCGUGAAUAUGCAAACCUGUAAACCCAUGACAUUUCAAUCCAGUGUAUGUUUGACUUCUUGAACUCGUGUGGUGCUGAUCCAAUGAUACAUACCAGGGGACAGAGUAGAUAUAUUUGGAGUAGAGGUUCGCAACCUGCCAAAGUCCUUAAUGAAUGUUUCUACGGGCCCAACACAGUUUAGGUUGACUUGUUUUAUACUGGUGAUGACUCAUACGAGAGGCGACGUGACACAGGUCUGGUCUUCAUUCACUGGAACGUGGAGGAAGGAGUGUAGCUUGUACACGGGAACUCUUAACUGAUGUCACUGGGAUUUACCCCAAAUUCACAUCGCUAGCUUUGUCUCUACUGAUGACGAGGACACUUAAACUGCCACACAACUAUUUGCAGUGACUAUAGCUUUUAAUAGUGUUGCAUUUAAUGAAUUAAAUCAAAACAUAACAGCAGGAGCCAGUAACAGUAAGAAUACUUAAAACAUGCUGAUAAGCCAUAUAAAACAGUGGCAGGGUGUUCCCUCCACUUGCCUUCUGCCCAGGUCUUCUCUGCCAGUUGUACGGAGGCAGUAAGUUAGUAAGUCCUUGUUUAAACGCACAAUACGUCCUGUCGGCCACGAGGUGGUCUCUCUAACAAAACAAGAAAAGCAAACGAUGUCAUGGCGCGCUCCAUUGCUAGUCGGAAAUUGGAGUUUAUUAAGUCAGUAUUUCCAAACUUCAAAUCUAAAAGUGCUCCAGUGCAUUUGCUCGGAAAAAAAAAAGGGUCUCGCCUGAGUCUCCGACUGGGAACUCCGUUGAACUUUUCCGUGUCGAAAGUCUUUAUUUUUUAUAUUUUCCAAGUUCCGACUGCAGUUGAACGCACCUUAAAAUGCUUGACAAGUGAAGUGGUGUGGGAUCAUGGGAGUUGUUGUCUUCAUUGUUAAAAAAAACAAAAAACAAAACACCAUUGCCGAUGAAAAUCUAAGCGUUGACAAACGAGGUAAUGUCAUUGUCACACCGGCCGACUUCCUUCCUCACUCUCUGACGAAUCAUCUGACGUUAACCUGGAAGGUGCAGACAGGUGAAGUCAAGCUACUUCUGGUGAACCACCGCGGGACCUUAUUUCAGAAAAAGAAAGUAUGAAUGGCAGUGAAUUGUGAGGGACAAAUUUCUUUUGAAGGUGCAGUAUGUAAGACUUUUAGUUUCAAAACAUUCAAAGAUGAACUUCAGUUAUCAACAGAAUGUGAAGAACUGUUUUGACGUUAGCUCUGUUGAAGUUAGCAUGCUAACCAGCUAGCCCCCAAAUAUAUAAUCUGGAAGUAAACAACAUUGAAACUCCCCCGAAGCUAAUACAGCUAAUACGACCGCUAACAGCAGCUACAGUUAGCAGCUGUUAGCAGUUACUCUGUUGAUGUGCUGCCCCCUGUUGGUUCGGAGUAUGAUUACGACAGAUAACAAAUUCUUACAUAUUGCAGCUUUUUAAUGGUUAUUUUAAAGCCUCUGUUUACAAACUGCAGUGUUUUGGUGAGGUUGAAAUUCUCUGUGUGCUAUUAAAAGCAUCACAUUAAAGAAAAAAAUAAAAUAAAAUAAAAACACAAGUUGCACUAAUCUCUUUCCCUCCGAACAUGUUGUGGACAACCCAUAAAAGAUUAGAGCGAUGACGCCGUCCUCCUGAUUCGUAAUCUGACGCCGUUUGUUUUUGCUUCAGAUGAAAGGAUAAAUGUCACUGUUGGAUUGAAAAACAGUUUUUCUGUGAAUGUUGGGAUUAAGAAAAUAAGAUAAAAAAUAACCUUGAAGGGCCUGUUUCAAUAGCACAAGAAAGAACUGACGGCAGUGUGACAAGAAUGUGAUAGUUUUAUCAGUUCAAGCAAUUAAAGGUGCACAUUUUCUUUACAGUUGCUGGAGGAUGAUUUUAUUUUUACAUGUUGAUUUCAAUGACCGGGUGAUGGAAAUCUGUGUUUCUUAUUUUUGGGCCAUACAUUAAAGAUGUUGCCAUAACA